GCGGAGCAGGUAAGAAAAGUGCUCGUAGCGAGAAUAAGGAUCGAACAGGAUUGUUAAGAAAUAAUUUGGUAUUAUUUAUUUGCGUGGUCGUGGAGGCCCGGGUCGGUUCGUACUUUCCGGCGCGCAACGUCUCAGACCCGGAAUUGCCGAAUCGGGGUAUGAGAAUCCGCCGUCGUCCCCCUCCAACACCGAGUCGGCGCAGUCAGGUUCAUGAAUGGCCGAAAGCACCUUCUCAAGCCACUAGCCCAGUGCCGGUCACUUCUUCAGCGUUUCAAAGCGACUCGGUCCCUGACGAGCACCAAGCUGCUCCAUGCCCGGAUCAUCGUCUCGGGGCUGCUCUCCACCUCAGGCUCCACCGCCCCGGUCCUCUCCAAUCUCGCCCUCACUUAUGCGCUGUGUGGGCACGUCCCCCACGCGGCCGCACUGUUCGACGAAUUGCCCGUGAGAAGCCCGUCUCUGUGCAAUGCCCUCAUCAGGAUGUAUAACCUCUGCGGCCGACAUUACGAGGCGCUCUACGUGUUCGUCAGAAUGCUCGCUUCGGGUUGGUGCCCGCCAGAUUAUUUCACGUACACGUUCGUUUGCAAGGCCUGCAGCGACCUGUCGCUGCUUGACGUUGGGUUUGCUGUCCAUGGGAAGGUAUUUGCUGCCGGGUUUGAUGCGGACACCUUCGUGCAGAAUGCUUUGCUUGCGUUGUACAUGAAUUGCGGGGCAAUGGGGGCUGCAAGAAAGGUUUUCGACGAGAUGCAUGAGCGGACGGUGGUUUCGUGGAAUACUAUGAUUAGUGGAUACUUCAAGAAUUCAUAUUCGGGGGAGGCGGUGAUGCUUUUCAAGUUGAUGAUGAGUGCUGGCGUGGAGCCUGAUAGUGCAACAGUAGUUUCAGUGUUGCCAGCUUGUGGUAAUCUAAAGGAGUUAGACUUGGGAAAGUGUGUUCAUAAUAUUGUUGAAGAGAAAGGCUUAGGGAACAAGAAUAUAGCUGUGAGUAACGCAUUGCUAGAUAUGUAUGCAAAGUGUGGUAGAAUGGAUGAAGCUCAGGCAGUUUUUCAUGAAAUGGAUAAGAGGGAUGUUGUAACAUGGAGUGCCAUGAUUAACGGAUAUGCAUUGAAUGGUGAUGUCGGAAAAGCUUUGAAUAAUUGUCGGCUAAUGCAGUUUGAUGGGGUGAAACCAAAUCCUGUGACCAUAUCUUCUCUCCUUUCAGCAUGCAGUAGCUCCUUUCUGCUCAAGCUUGGAAGGUGCUUUCAUGGCUGGUCGAUGCGACAAAAACUCGAAUCUGAUGUAACGAUAGAGACAGCACUAAUUGACAUGUAUGCAAAAUGCAAGCGUGUGGAUGUCAGCUUUCAUGUUCUCGCAAGAGCUUUGCAGAAGAAGACCGCACCAUGGAACGCAGUCCUAUCGGGAUGUGUCCACAAUGGCCUUGCUAAAGAAGCCAUACAAGCUUUUAAACAAAUGCUGAUAAAAGAAAUAGAACCGAACCUCGCAACUGUGAACAGUCUCCUUCCAGCAUACGCCAUUCUAGCAGAUUUGCAGCAAGCAAUGAAUAUACAUGGUUAUGUAGCAAGAUCCGGCUUGGUAAGAAAUGUAGAAAUCAUCACAGGCCUUAUUGACAUAUACGCAAAGUGUGGACGUCUAGAAUCUGCUCACAGACUUUUCAAUGAUAUCCCUAGGAAUGAAAAGGACAUCGUAGUGUGGAGCGUAAUAGUAGCUGGUUAUGGAAUGCAUGGGCAUGGUGAAGCUGCUGUUUUGCUUUUCAAGGAAAUGGUUCACUCGGGAGUUAAUCCCAAUGAAGUCACUUUUACCUCUGUUUUGCAUGCUUGUAGCCAUGCAGGUCUGGUGGAGGAGGGUUUGGAUUUGUUCAAUUUCAUGCUUCAUAAUAACCCAGUGAAGCCGCAUUUUGAUCACUACACAUGCAUGGUUGAUCUAUUAGGCCGAGCAGGUCGGCUGCAAGAAGCUUAUGGUUUAAUUAGAACAAUGCCAUUUAAGCCCAACCAUGCUGUUUGGGGUGCGUUGCUCGGUGCUUGCGUAAUCCAUGAGAACGUGGAAUUGGGUGAGAUUGCAGCAAAGUGGCUCUUUGAGCUUGAGCCUGAGAACACAGGCAACUACGUACUGCUGGCAAAAAUUUAUUCAGCAUUGGGAAGGUGGAAAGAUGCUGAGGACAUUAGACAUAUGAUGAAGAAAAUAGGAUUGAGAAAAGCACCAGCUCACAGUUUAGUGUAAGCUUUGCAGGUGUAGAUACUGGAAUUCUUGUUAUUGCGUAUAAGAGCCUGUAAGUGUACGCUACCUGUGUCAUAGAAUCACCCUGAGUUGCAAUUUGCAAACUGUUACCGGAGCUGUUUCACAAAGCGAAUUGCAAGAGGUGUGUGCAUUGGAAACUGGAUCGUUUACCAUCUUCUGAGUAUCGGAAUUAAAGGAGUGGCAAUAUGCAAAGAAAAAUUCCAAUCAGAAGCAAUUAACUGGUCAAAAUGACUUGAGGACUUUAUGCUUUCCAUUCUCUGAGCAGGGGCCACCUAUCCAUGGAUGAUUUGGUUUCCAGAAUAUCCAAACAGAUUGGCAUUUGCUUAAACUCGCACCUGCAAUGGUGCUUUCUCAGGUCGGUGAUGAUAUUCAUGUUUGCACUGUUUGUUGUCAUGGAAAGAACUGAAUUCAUUAGUCGGAUUGUGCUUUCAUCAUGGCCAAAGAGAGUAAAGAUCAUAAGCAUGGCAAUUUGAGAACUACAGAUUUUUCCCCCUUUGGUGAAGUGAAUUCAACUCGGGGAACGACAUUGAGCAAAUUGGUGACCGUGUUUGAAGUUACGUUGUUAUUGGAAUUCCACUACACGUGUAUGAACAGCUACUUGAGUGGCUUGCAGGUUUACCUGACCUGGAAAUCGAGCCGACUCCAUUUUAUAUCGGCUUGUUCUUUGAAGAUCGAGUUCGAUACAGAAAUUCUGACCGGGAUACCAUAUGGUUGAGUUCCCUUUCGCCAAUGGCUAAGAUGCCCACAAAGGAUUCUCCCAUAUGGUCACAAAGAAAAAGCUAAUUGCAGGGCGCAAGUCUAGUGCUUUAUCCAAGACAAGAAUAAGCUGCAUUUAUUAGUGGAUCCGUCUUGUCUAAUCAAGAGACACCAGAACUAGCGAGCUAAAUUGGUUUGUAAAGUGAUGUUGGCUGGUUCAUCCACUAAUUUGAAUAACAAUUUACAGCCUGUCUUGAUAUUCCUGUACAUUAGUUUAGCAUAUCGACUUUAGCAUCGCUGACAUUGCUCUUCUAACGAGGGUUUGCUAAUGGUGAAUUGACCCCUCUUUGGCUUUUUAUAUAAAGAAACGAAAAAGUGCAUCUUUCUGUCUCCAUCCCAAGACUCCAAGACAUGUGCCACACCUCUUUUCUCUCCCUCAUAGGUGAUGGGUUUUGUUCUCGGCGGACCCACGGAUGGGGAAGUUCCUUUUCUUUUCCUCUGGAUCUCGA